CAAGAGGAAAAUGGAUGAACAGAGUUUCUUUGGUGGAUUGCUUCAUGUGUGCUAUGCUCCGGAAUUUGAGACAGUUGAAGAAACUAGAAAAAAAUUACAAGAGAGGAAGGCUUAUAUAGCAAGAGCUACUAAAAAUAAAGGUAUGGAAAGCCUGUGACUAAACAGCUAUGUGUCAGGCAUUCUGCUAAGUAUACCUUUAUGGAGCUCUCAGUCUAGUGGGAAGAAGGGCAAGUAAAUGAUCACAGUAUUCAACAACUGUAACAUGAUUCUUUGUAGCACUCAACGUAAUCUGGGAGGGGAAGAAAGAGAUGUUGAUUUGUGGGAGAAUUCCUACAGGAUGAGAAGGGGGCUGAGUUUUGAAGGAUAAGUGGACAUUAUUCAGAAGUUGAGGAAGAAAUGGAAAGGCGAGCCAGAUAGCAUGUUUAAAGGAACAAAGGAGCAUCGUGCAUUCUGAGGAACUGUGAAUAGUACAGGAUAACCACACAGGGGCUUCGUAAAGGGCCUUGUGUCCCAUGCGAAGGAAUUAAAGCUUUGACUUGAAGUGAGAAACAGGAUUCACAGACCAGUUCCCAUUGGCUAAUCUAAAACUGCUAAAAGUGGGAAAGUUUUACUUUUGACCAACAGUUGGCCAGGUGCCUCAUAUGCCCAACUGAGUUUCCCUAGACACAAAUUCCAGAUGCCUGGAAUGGAGUCAUGAGAUCUGGUACGUGGGUUGUAGGACUAGAACAGUCAGAAUUAGAUUAAGAUAGCAUGUGUAGUCUGAAAUCUGAAUGCUACCAGAGGCUUAAAUUACAAAAUUUUCACCCUUUGGGUAAAAGUCAAUGUCCAUAAAGCUAUUGAAUAUGGUGAGUUUGUGGCUGAUUGGGGAAUGGGCAUGUGGCAAUAGUGAAGAGAGAAAUAAGUGGGGAGACUCUUGAAAACCUUACCUGAAAAUUUGGGUAUACAACUGUUGAGAGUCCCUGUAGACACUGAACUUUAACCUGUAGGAUGUAUAAAUAAAUAGCUCCGUACAAACUUAUAUGUGUGGGGGGCAAAGGAAAUUACUAAAUAUGGGCCCAGCAUAUUGCUUCCUAUAAAAACUAACACAAACUAAGCAGCAUAUACACUCGUACUGUAAAAAACAAAAAAGCAGCUUUGUAUGUAAUGACAUGGAAAAACUCUCCAAAAUCUACAGUUAACUGGAAAACAAAAAGGUGCAGAGAAAUGGGUAUUACAGGAGGAAUACCCAUAGGUGGAAGGAAGACAUACUGGACAGAUUAAUAAGAAAGUAAGAAUAGUGAUUACUUAUGGGGGGUGGAAACCAGGCAUACAGGGAGCAAAGAAAGUGUAGCGUGACGCUAUUAUAUCUUUAUCCUUUUUAGCUUUUAAACCACAUGAAUGUAUUGCCUGCCCAAGAAAUAAAAUUAUUAUUUCAUGACAAAGAAGAAACUGGUUACAGAGUAUAAAGACACAAAAGAUUUUAGACAGGACUUCCACUCAAAGAAAUCUGGAUUUUGUGAAGCUGCGCUGAACACUUCUGCUGGGAACUCAGAUCCUUGUCUUCCUUAUUCUUGUGAAUUGCCUUUGUGUUAUUUCUCCUCAACAUGUAUGUGUUCAUCAGGAGAGUACGAGAACAGAGCAUCAAGCUCCUCUCAGUAUGGGAGAAACCGUGAUGAAACAGUGGGGCAUUGUAACCACAGUGACUCUUUGCAGAAAGUGCAGAUGAAAACUUUAAAAACUCCAGUGGCCUGCCCUGGUGCUCAGAAGGCUUUUACUCCUUCAGAGGCCGUUGACAGAUUUAUGCCUAGGACGACACAACUGCAGGAGCGGAAGAGAAGAAGAGAAGAUGAUCGUAAACUUGGACCUUUUCUUGAAACAAGCACUAGCAGUAAUGAGGUGCUGAUUGGGCCUCUGUUACCAGACAUACCCAAAGUGGAUAUGCAUGAUGACUCCUUGAAUACAACAGCGAAUUUAAUUCGGAAUAAACUUAAAGAGGUGAUUACAACUGUGCCAAAGCCUCCAGAGGACAAGCUGGAAGAUGUGCAUACAAGUCAUCCAUUAAAACAAAGAAGAAGAAUAUAAGAUUACUAGUAGCAAAUUAAUAUGUAUUUAUUUUUAGCCUGUCGUUUUAAUUUUUGAAGAGAUUUUACUGCUGCUAUUUUUUUGAAUGCACUCCUCUUUGUAAUUUCUUUCAAGCUACUUGUUUAAUUUAGUUUCACCUUUUAAAAUUAGUUUAUUGUGGACAAAAUACUUGCCAGCCAACUGUUUCCCUUAAUAAAAACUUUCCUAGAAACGCCAUCCAGUGACUUUAGUUACAUCUUAUUGGCUAGAACUGGGCCCAUGACUAUUCCUGAGGAGUCUGGAAUAGUGAAUGCUUUAGGUUUCUAUGGUUAAGGAAGCAAGAGAAAAGAGGGUUGGGAAUGCCUGACUUGAUGCUACAAGAUCCAAGGUGGUGGACUAACUUAAAUAAAUUUGCUUAUUAUUACCUAUUAUAGAUGUUAUUUUGAUCCAAACUUACUAUUACAGAAACUGUUCUUACAAUGUUACCUUUCACAUUGCAGUAACUCUGUGUGAAUUAACUGAAGGAAAUAAAGAUAGGCAACCAGGAUCUGUUUUUUAUUUUAAUGCAAGUACUGAGUGAUUCACAUUAAAAAACUAGACAGAA